AUGGAGCCGGUGACUUCUUUGAAAAUAAUCGUUUUCCCAAGCCUAGAGGAUAAGAUAUUUGUCAGCGACAAGAGACGAUUUUGUCCAACAAUCGCAAACGUCGUCAAUAACGUAACAACUAAGUCCGGAGUGGUUCUAGACGGUAGACAAACACGAAUCGGUAACAACCGCCUAACUGAAUCCAGAAUACUAGGAACAAGGAACAAAAGACAAUUUAGCUGUCCCAAGAUCAUAGAUUUUAACACGUUGAAAUCGUUCCAGGAAAUUCGUCCCAUGCACAAACCCAAACGCAUCUUUAAUGGCUUCUUCCCGUCAAAGGUCAGGUCUACAUCAAUGGCUUUGCCAAACGCUUAUAAGGAAGGACAAGUGAGUUAGUUUCAAUUUUUCCCUUUUUUCGGCAAGUUGUGUUUUUCUAUUUCUGUUUGAUGUAACUCGCUAAUCAAAGUUGCCAUGGGACACCUUAUGUUAUUUCUGAGUGCAAGAACCAGUUUCAAACCCUUUAAUGACCUGAAAAAAUCUUCUUGUUGCCAACAUUUUGAAAGUAUUGACCGAUUAACGAGGCUAAAUUACGGAUAGUUUAAAUGUUGCCGUUAACCAACUCAGUUCGCGGGUUUUACACCAUUUAAGACUAUAGCAAAAAAGUCAUUGGUCCAUGACCGGAAUGAUUGAGUGUUGUCCGUGGAAGGGAAAAGUCUCUGCAGGGGAAGGUUCUCAGCUAUGGGCUUCUGUUAAGACUUUUUGUCAAUUGCGAAUUAUUGUUUGGAUAAUUAACUGGUGAAGGAACUAGGGAUCUACGUUAACCCUUUUUAUGUGUUGAAAUUCAGAUAAUUUUUGAAGGGAAACAGUUGCUUCUGUCGAAAAUAAAACUUUAGUAUCUGUCCAUGGAGUUGAAAUUUCAACUUAGUAAGGAUCUGUUGUGAAAACUGAAUGAGACCAAUAUUUGGAGUUUUUACUUAUUAUAAAAGAUAGUUGAAAAGGUGUUUCACUUUAAAGUGCAUAAACAUUCUUCACUUACUCAAAGGAAUUUGAUAUCACAAAUUUAUGCUUCCGAGCUUGUAAACUUUUGAAAGGUCAUUAUUUUUUACCUAAAAGCCAUCCUUAUGUUGACAUGGCAUUUAAAGACAGCUAUGGCUAGUUGUUUUUUAAUUCAUCAAAACACAGAGCAAAGUGAUAAGAAAAAAAGAAAAAAGGAAAGAAACGGCCGCCCCAUUUAUUACUUUGCCUACCUUUUGUCAAAGUUUCCGAAUAAACCUCUAUCGAGGAAAAAAAAAUCAGUUAUGAAAAUUUUUCGAUAAAAAAGAAAGAUAAACAAAAUGGUGGUGCAGGUGUUUUAGACUAGAACCGAACGGAAUGUUUUUUUGAGGGUCAUUCAUGUUAAUUAAAACCCCCAGAGAUGACUUUUGUAACAGAAGCUUGCAUGCUUCUUUCUCCCGUUUUUCUCGACGACUGAGAAUAUGUUUGCGUAUUGUUUGUGAAUAUCAUGGCGAACUAGGUUAAUUCUCAGAAAAAUAAAACAAAAUAAAACAACUUGAGGCGGAAAGAAAGGUAAGGUAAACGUAUAUAUAUAUGCGGUUCAUUAAACCAUCAUUGUGUUUACGAUGUCUUUCCGUGUUUUCCGCCGGCCAAGGCGUAACUUCAUAGUAUCACAGAAGUUGAUUAAUAUCUGGGAUUCAUCUUGAGUUUAAUGGCCUCCUUCUUAUCAUAAUGCCUUUCAUGACAUUUUCGCAAAAGAAAGAAAAACCCUUCAAUACUAACUCAUUUGGCGGAGCUUGCAUCUUAUCUAAAUCGACGAAAGUUAUUCUCUUAGCCAUGUUUUUUAUUUUACAUACGUACUUAAAAUCACGAAACUAAGCUUAAGGUGAUGUACGUAUGAUGUAGGAAAAUUUUUAUUGAAUCAAAUAUAUAGGAGUAAACACGGUGAGAGAGUUAAGUUGUUUACUAAGAGAAGCUUAACUUAACUCAAAGCGCACCUAUGCCCAGCUGAAACUCAAAUAUGUUUUAGAGGCAUUGAAUGACUGACAGCAGAUCUAACUUACAGUAAUUGGGAGACGCAUCAACCAAAACAAAUGGCUCCCUUAACUGUCCAACUAAUUGAAUUAUGCACGGACUGACUGACUGGGUGGUGGCAUGCCAAGGAGACCAAAAGCAGGCAAACACAAAUAACAGAGAGAAUUCACAUAUUGGAAGCAAAUCGACGUUUUACUUUAAGGCUUUAGCGAUUUUUUUAUACCUUUUGUAAUAUUUCAAUUCAAUAAUUUCUAAAUUCUCUUCAUCAGGACGUAACUCUGGAAGAACUUGUUCCUAAUCCUAACGCUCCUCCAUCAUAUGACGGAGCAGUAAUCUCUCGUACAGCAACUUCACGAAACAGCAGUCUACGAUCGGAACCGAUCACAUUACCGAAUGAUUCUGAGCCCCAAUUAUCGCCUCAGCAAAACGCUAAACGAGAUUCGAGGAGGGUGGUUUACUCGCUAAGAAAUGGCUCACCCUCCCCCUGGGUAGACAGAUACAAACUAAAACAGAAGACGAUUUCAGUAUCUGCAUUAACCGAAAUAAGAAACAAGACGGGAACAGCCGAGGAACCGCCCGUGAGAGGAUUCUCUAGAUGACGUCUUCAGAACUAAAGGCGUGGUAUGAAGAGAUCGCCCGUUGGAAAGGAGGAAAAGAAUCGUGGCCGAGAGGGGGUUGGGGGUGAUCUUGUGUACAUCAGGAAAAUGACAAAUAGUCUUUUUAAA